CUUUCGUACGGCCCGUUGUUUAGCACAAUUGAUCAUCGCUCUUGAUUGAGAAAAAAAUAUAUAUUACGACAAGACGACUUCGGAUUUUUCCAUCCAAAAUUGUCCUCGAGGAUGUCCAAUCCAUCUCAGAACAUCGAGCCCCGACUACCACUACAUGAAUAUACCGUGGGAUGGAUCAGCGCAUUGCCGAUCGAGCAUGCCGCAGCGGCCGAAAUGCUCGAUGAAGAGCAUGAAGCACCAGCUCGGCAAGACAACGACGACACCCUGUAUACCCUUGGCCGUAUACAAGGUCAUAAUGUGGUAAUCGCCUGUCUCCCUGCUGGCUUGAUUGGGGCUGCCUCGGCGGCAAGCGUCGCAAAGGGUCUAACUGACCGGUUUCCUAACGUUAAGCUUGGCCUUAUGGUGGGCAUUGGCCAUGGAGUCCCGUCAGAGGAGGUGGAUAUCCGCCUAGGGGAUGUCGUCGUUAGUCAACCUAGAAGAGGUAACGGCGGGGUGGUACAAUACGAUAUGGGGAAUCGACAAUCCAACGGCAAAUUUCAAGACACUAGCCACCUUAACACCCCUUCACCACUCUUGCUAAGUGCACUCGCCCAAGUGCAAUCAAAUCAUAUCCGACGGCGGAGCACAUUCGCCAACCACAUGUCCAAGUUCGAAGGAAAUGAAGAAUUCGAACGAGGACAAGCAGGACCCGAUCAAUUGUUUCAACCAACGUAUCAGCACAAGCGAGGCCCUACCUGUGCGGAAUGCGAUAAGCAGGCACUUAUAAAGAGAGAUUCUCGUCCUUCGCAUAAGGCGGUACACUUUCAUUACGGGACGAUCGCAUCAGCGAACACGCUCAUGAAGGAUGGGGUAGAGCGAGACCAGACCUGCCAACGGCUCGGUGGUCACGUUCUUUGUUUCGAGAUGGAGGCCGCCGGACUGAUGAACAAUUUCCCUUGUCUUGUGAUCCGUGGCAUUUGUGACUAUGCUGAUUCUCACAAAAACGAAAGAUGGCAACCGUAUGCCGCUGCGACGGCGGCCGCCUUUGCGAAGGAAAUCCUCUCGGUUAUCCCGGCGAAGGACGUGGUAGAUCUGGUCCCGACCAAAGGUACGCUACGUCAUGCUAUCAAUUAUGUUCCAGAGUAUGAGGAGAUGGAGUUUUUAGCGAUGAAAUUAUGAUGUGAUGAUAUGGAUCAAUUGCAGCAUAAUGAUUGCUCAUAGAAUGAGGUUCAUAGUCCCGUGGAUAUUACCAUUCAAUAGAAAACCUUCCUUUACCGGCCGAA